AUGCCUAAUUUGACGCGCUCUCCGCCGCUGAAUAAGUCUAUUAGUUUGUCAGAAACAGAUAUGGAUAAGAUAACUCAGUUCUCAGCACCUUUGGAGGAUGUUAUUAACAUUACCCAGCGAGAUAAUAAGCGGCGCCGCGUCGCGGAUGAGUGUAUGGAUAGCGUUUCAACAGAUUUACGAACUAUAGUUAGGGAGGAGUUACUAAAACUGAUUGCUCCCCUUCAACUCCAACAGUCUGAAUCACAGAAUUGUACAUUACAAGAAAUAAAAGAAAUUAAAGAGACAAACAAACACAUUCAAAAUUCUAUGGAUUUCCUGGUGGAACAAAACAAGGAAUAUCGGACAAAGAUCAAUGAGCUUGAAGUCGAAUCUAAGAAAAACAGAGAUUAUAUCAACAUAUUGGAAAGCAAACUCGAAGAUGCUCAAAUAUCUUAUCGAAAAACCAAUUUUGAACUAAAAAACGUACCGAAAUUGAAACUUGAGACUAAACAGGAUCUCGUAGAAAUUGUCACAAACCUGUCCAAGACUGUUGACUGCGCUAUAAGUAAAAAUGAUAUUAAAGAUAUUUAUCGAGUUAGAGGAAAUAAUCCUGAAAAAAAGAAUACUCCAAUUGUUGUUGAGACCAACUCUGCUAUUUUAAAAGCCGAAUUUCUUAAGAAGGUGAAAUCCUUUAAUAUGCAACGUCAAAAUAAGUUAUGUGCCAAGCACCUAGGCUUUAAAACGCAAGAGGAUACACCAAUAUUUGUAUCAGAACACCUCACCGCAAAAGGAACACGCCUCCAUUUUCUAGCCCGUGACCUCACCAAAUCGAAGGGCUAUAAAUUCUGUUGGACUGCGUACGGCAGGGUAUUCGUCAGAAAGGAUGAAAAUUCUCCAAUAAUAAACAUCAAGACCGAAGAGCAAAUACAACGUUUAUUCCAAGAUAUAUGA